AUGACCACGGAUCAUGGAAUUGACAUUCUCGAUGAUGCGGGUCAACUAGGACGGUUGGAGCUUCAUAACCCCGAAUCAGCCAAGGAAAGGCCUGCUGUGCCGUACCAAAUCGACGUACCUCUCGUCCGAAGUUGUAUAAAAGACUGCCGGAAGAACCAUAGGGAUUGUGUGCAACGACAUGCAAGCCCCCGUACAGAAUCCGCUCGUAUUGAAACUUGGCUGGUGGAUACUCAAAACAAAUGCCUCGCUAAGCACACCAUCUCAGGAGGAUACGGAGUUUCCUAUGUAGCAUUAAGCUAUGUGUGGGGCCAUACUGCAAUGCUACAGACGGUUCAUUCGAAUUUGACCGAAUUGCAGACUCCAGGAGCUCUGGACUCGGGCGAGCAUUUGGUGGCACCUGUUAUACAGGAUGCGAUGGUCUUAGCCAGGGCCCUUGGAUAUCAGUACCUUUUGGUAGAUGCCCUGUGUAUUGUGCAAGAUGUUGCUGAAAAGGGUCAGCUGCUUGAGGUCAUGGACUUGAUAUAUAUGAUUGCAGACUUGACUAUUUUUGCAAUGGCGGGUGAAGACGCCAACUUCAGGCUUCCUGGAGUCCUGCCGGGGACUCGAGUCCAGCAGCCCGUUGCGAUGAUUGACGGUAACAUGUUGAAUGCCGCUCUACCCGAGUGGACAGACGAGCAACAAAUGUCCUGCCAUUUUACACGCGGCUGGACCUAUGAAGAGAUGAUUUUGUCGCCCAGACGUCUAUUUAUAUCGCCAUACCAGGCCUAUUUUCGCUGCAACACAUCGCAAUACUCCGAGAAACCACCGGUCCAUACGACACUCGGUAACGACAUUGGUUUAUCAGAACUACAUGUCCGUCGUAUGCUCAAUUAUGAAAGGUUCGUCGAGGCAUAUACGAGUCGAAUACUAGCGUACGAUUCCGACAUUCUAAACGCCUUCAGUGGGAUUAUUCAGUUUCUAUCUGCUACCUAUCUUGUUGAGUUCUAUACAGCCAUGCCUACCGGGGAUGAUACAUUUCGUGCUUUAUUCUGGACCUCUACAUCGACCUGCCCAUCAAGACGUUCCCGUGCCCGAGGCCUUAGUGCAAAAUCUGACAUCUAUCUCCCUAGUUUGUCAUGGACUGGUUGGAAGGGGGCAGUUAAGUAUCCCGAACUUGGUCCAGCAGAGUUUCUCCGUCCAGCCUGUGGAUUGCUUCUAUCGGCAACAUUACUGGCCAAAUGCGCCGGGGAUACUGAACUCAGGAAGACGGUACAAACACUGAAAGAUGAAUCUAUAGAAGCGGGAUAUUGUGGACGUGGAUGCUGUGUGUCUCUAGGGGAUGAUGACACGCUCGGCAACACACAGCUAGAGGCAUCCGAUGGUAGUGGACCUUCAACAUCCAAUGGCAGAAAUGACAUACGAAAAUAUGGCGCCCCGGCAUUGAAAUUUGAUCGAGCAAUGCCGCUUGCAGUUCUCCAAGUUCGGGUUUCUAUGGUUAUGGCUUGCAAAUUUCGCUUCGGGAAGAUUGAGUUACGCAGCAUCCCCAGCAAGUAUCUCGAAAACGUGAAAUGGCUCCCACUAUACGAUGCAAGCAAUGCGAAAUGCGGUGGUCUAUAUAGUACCAAUGCCAUUAGAUUCGACCGUCUUCAAAAUCAUCGUCUGAUUGCAUUGAGCCUUCAUCGUCCGUUCAGGUAUUUCGCCACGGGUGGAUUCUAUGACACUUUCUUUGAAAUUGAAGAGCCAGCCAUGCGCUGCAAGUGUCUUUUGCAUAUCAUGUUAGUUGAGCAGAUUGGAUCGAGAGCUGAACGGAUUGAUAUAGGCUGCAUGUUACCCAAGGCUUGGGCAAAUGCAAGCCCUACGCUGGAAACAAUCAAUCUUGCCUGAGUAUCAGCAGCGGAG